UUAAUAAUGUGGACAACUAGUGGCGGACUUUAUUUCAUAACUCUUUUAAGAAUAAGGAAGAUUACAUUUUUCGGAAAAGUCAGCUAUAUUUAAUUUUUUUUUCGCUGUUUAGGAAUUUACUUUUUUUUUUUUCUUGCUGUUGUUUUACACGUUUCUAGGUAAAAGGGCACAAUUGGUUUCCUAGUUUUUAUGCUGGUCUGUCAAGCAAGGUUCACACGCUCAUUUUGUAUAGGUAUUUCACCUUAAACUCACCUAUUGUAUAUUAUUUAUAUGUAUGUAGAUUAAAAACAAACAAACAAACAAAAAAACACUAAGAUAUCAUUUUAGUAAGUUUUGACGGGUUUGUACAGUUUGCAGGUGCACCGGUUUAAUAUAAGUAUGGAAUACUUUGUAAAUUUCACCAACCAGAGCCAAGGCAGAGACCGCAUAUUCCGAGCCGCUCAGUAUGGAUCUGCCUUGCUUAUUUAUUUAUUGAAAAACAAAUCUGGAAGACAGAAACUGAUCAAAAAGCUACAGAGCCUGGAAUCCAACAUGAGCACAGGAAGGAAGUUGUUCAGACUGGGCAACACCGUCAGUGCGAUCGAUGCAGCCAAAUGCACCAUGCAUCUUGAAGACCCAGUGCUGCGUUUGUGCUUGACGGUGGCCAAUCUGAAUCGCUCCCUGUAUUUCUUGUGUGACAACAUACUGUGGGCAAGAAGUAUCGGGCUGGUUACUGACAUGGACAAGGAGAGGUGGAGCGUGCACGCCUCCCGCUGUUACUUUGUCUCCUUGCUCAUGAACCUGACCCGGGACCUGUACGAAAUCUACCAGGCAAUGGAGCGGGAGGCUGAAGACAAGCAGUAUCGGCAGAAGGUGAGCCAGCACCGCAGUGACGGCAGAGAUGUGGCAUGCGUGGCAGUCCUGAAUCUCCAGGCUCUCCUCCUGCUACUGUAUCACAGCCUGAGACGCAACCCGUCUAUCCUGCUGGACACGGUGAAAAAUGCGUGUGACCUCUUCAUUCCCAUGGACAGGCUUGGCAUUUAUAAAACAAACCCCGGAGUGGUGGGCUUGUGUGGACUGAUGUCCUCGAUUUUAGGAAUCCUGACACUCAUGAAACCAAGCUUCAAACUGAAGCCUUAACAUUGGAAGCAGUGAUUAGGUAUCAUGAAGCUGAAUAUCUACUGUUUGUGGUAUAGCAAAAGUUGCACAGUUAUUAUUGAGAGAUGAAAUGGUAGCCGUGUCAGUCCAGAGAUGAUAGAUGUGUAGAUGUGAUAUCUUUUAUUGGACUAACUAAACAAUAAUUAAUCCCAAGCUUUCAAGACCUUCAAAUGACUCUUUCUUGAGGUAAAAGUAGAUAAGAGAGAUUGUAUCACUUCUCCUUCUCUUUGUCUGUCAUCUCUGGACUGAUAUGGCUACCAUUUCAUCUGUCAAUACCUUACAGCAAAAGGUCUUUUUGUAAUGUAACAUACAGUAAAGCGCUGGGAUCUUUUUCUAUAGUACUGUAAAGCAUUAACCCUAAAUACUAUAGGACAUGCUCUGCUAUAGCGGGUAUUGUAGGAAAUAAGCAGAACUGUUACUAUGGUUCGAAGCAGGAAAUUAAAAGCUACUGUGUGUUCUAAUAGCCGUUUGCAUUCCAUGGAAUAUUUAGAUAUCUUCUAUUGGGGAACUCUGGAAUUUAGAAUACAUAUUGUAUGUUGGAAAGAAAAUAAUUUGGCUAUCAUGGGCAACAAUGGGAAUAAUUUCCAUAUUCAGUGGAUUAUCUGACUUUUUUUCCUUUUAUUGUUAGGUUCAGGUUUAACAAGUGUAGUAAUUCCCUUCCUUUCGGGUCUGGCCAAACGAUUAGCAUGUGAAAUGAAAACUAAUAUAAACAGCAGUGUCUAGGAUAGUCCUAGACUGGAAUGGUUAACAGGUCUGAUCCGGUACGAAUCUGGAAAUGUGAAUGUUCAUUAUUAUUAGUAGUAGUACUAUUAUGUAUGUGUUUAGGAAAGCUAACAUUUCUUUAGGACAUAAAAAUAUAACUAUGCAAGUAUUUUAAAGUAUGCAAAAUAAACACUUCUAUCUCAAAAUAUAAUUAUUAUAUAUACUUCUUACAAUUUCUAUUAUACUGAAAGAUUGUGUAGCUAAGAUUAACCGAAAUCUGUGUAUGGUUAGGUAGCGUGGUUGUGAACUAAUAAAGUAUUUUUUCUUGACUCAUUUACACAUUGAAUUGGUCUUCAAACCAGUUAGUUAUUCACAUUUUUCCUGUUUUUUUGUUGUUGUUUUUUGGUUGAGUCAUAAAUAAUGCAGAAAUGGUGUGAAUAAUAUCACAGAGAAAACUACAGGCAUCCCCC